GUAUGUGUGCGUUUCAUGGACUGGUACAUGUAUUCUCAUGCCCAUCUACAAUUGAAAUUGCUCUCCCAGAAGAAGCAUGUCAAAAUAAUGCAGGCCUUGAAAAAGUGAAGAAUGCCUCAGAAUUUGGUGAUAUAUCUCGUUGUGAUAAAAUUCUUUUCCAAUGUCUCACCUGGAAAUUAGGAGUGAAUGACCAACUCUCCUGUCCAUUUCACAUACACAUCAUUGGAUUAGAAAAUUCUAUCAAGCAAAAUGUAAUGUUGAAAGUGAAACAGUCGUGCCCUGAAGCAUGUAUCAAUAACACAGGCAUUGAAAAAUAUGAAAAAGCUUCAGAAUUCCCUGAUUUGAUAUGUUUCCCUGCUAUUGAAUUACAGUCUUGUUUUACACAAAAAGCGGCAUAUUUACUAUCACUCUUCCGCAAAUUUGAUAGACACUUCAUAAUGUCAGAAAGUCCUUUUAAGCAAAAUCAUUUUGUGUCAAUAAUGAAACAGUUGACCUCUGAAAUACUGCACCAUAAUGCAGUCAUAAAAAAAUUGGUGAAAGACUUAGAACACUGGAAAAGGACAUAUUGUGAUUUUGAUUUUCAGUUCUGCAUUGAGAAAAUGACAGCAUUGUCCUCUUGUCCAUUAGAUGAACACAUCAGUGUAUUGGAAAGUCCUCUUGACCGAAGCUAUAUUAUGGCAAUUGUAGAAAAUUUGUACCCUAAAGUAUUCAUAUUGGAUUUCUUUGAAGUGAAACAGUGCAAAAAAUUGUAUCUUUGUGAUACUGAGGCCAAAAGUAUACUGUUCAGAUUGCCAAUUUUACUUCCACAUUUUCUGCAUAUAAUCAAAGAUUGUUAUUUGUCAGAUGAAUCUUUUGGUGUUUCAUUUUCUUCUUCCAUUUUAAUUAUUUUACCUAAUUCCUUAAUCAAAGGACUUUGCUACUCUGGAUUAAAUAUUAAUUUUAAAUCCGAAGAUAAAAGCCAACAGUCAACAGAUUUGCUGGAGUACAACUUGAGGAAUGAAGAGAUCAGAGCAUAUGUAAAAAAGUUCUUCAAACAGCACAGACAAAUAGAAUCAGAGAGAAACAAGGCAAAAGAAACCAAAGCUGAAAUUUUUGGUGUAAAAAAGAAUAUAAAGCAAGGUAAACAUUACAAGUCAUUUGAUGAAUGUGUUAGAGAAAAUAUUAAUGAGAUAUUAAGUCGUGUGGAGAUUCGUCAUGAUGAAAUAGUGGUAUACCCAGCAACACAGCAGCCAGUGUUGGAGCCCAUUCUAAAUAAAUUCUCUGUUCCUGAAAGUGCACCCUCUAAACAUGACACAAUGGCUGUUGAAUUUCUGCGCCUCUGUACCAUGCACGACUACCCUAACACUAAUGGACCGAGUCUUUUGAGAUUAGCCCAGGCUGGGUUUUUCUACGAGGGAAAUGGAAAUGAACUUGUCUGCUUUUCAUGUGAUUUCCGGAAAGGAAGCUGGAAUUUUAAUGAUUCCCCCAGAGAAAUUCAUCUGAGAAUGUCUCCAAACUGUAAAUUUUUAUCACAAGGUGAUGGAAAUGUCCCUGUGCCAAGAGAAGAGUCGACACAAGAUCUUGUUCCCCUUCAAAGUGUCCCUCAAGUAGGAGUUGUGGAACCUGAUGGUCCAUGGGCAGCCUAUAAUGGCUCGACAUCUAACAAUACAGCUCACCUGGCAAGUGCUAAUUAUAGCAAUGGACAGGACCAGUCUGAGACGACAAGACGUACAAUGGUGGUAAAACACCCGGAGUAUGCUAGCCGCCCAGCCAGACUGGCCUCUUAUGCUAAUUUUCCUCGUCACAUGAAGCAACAUCCAGCUGAUAUGACAGAUGCUGGGUUUUAUUAUGCAGGUUUUGGCGAUUGUUGCAGAUGCUUCCACUGUGGAAUUGGUCUAAGAAAUUGGGACCCUGAAGACAACCCAUGGAUUGAACAUGCACGUUGGUCUAUGGAAUGUCCUUACAUUCUAAAAAUAAAAGGGCAGGCCUUUAUUGACCUUGUGCAGGAAGCUGCUCGGGCAGCAGAAAUGGCCCAGGAUGACGAGGAUAGUGAGGCCGAAGGGGCUAGUACUGGCAAUGAGAGCGACUCUGGUAACAAAGAAAAAUCAGGGGCAAGUAACUCUGCAUCAGGAGGACCAGCAGCCAAUGAGAUUGAGAAUAACGUGGCCAAAACUUCUGAGGCUACCAUGAGUAAAGGAACUUCUGAUGACAGUGGAUUUGGAUCAGGUAGUGCUCCAGUAGCUCAGCCAAUCAAAGCUCCUUUAAGAACUGCUGCUGCACAAAGUCUGAUUCAUGAUGAAAAAAUCAAACCUAAAUAUGUCACUGCAGCCAUAGAGGAUCUCGUAAAGGCAGAAGGUUGGGGUGCAUUCACUAAGGAGAACAUCAGAAAGUAUCUCAAGAUCCAUGAGGAAAACAGGAAGUCAGCGUCAUCAGCUUCCAAUGCUGAUCCUAGUACGCUGAAGCAAGAGAAUAAGGAAUUGAAGGACCUGACAAUCUGUAAGAUCUGCCUUGAUGAGAAAGUCUCUAUUGUAUUCCUGCCCUGCGGUCACCUAGUGUCCUGCCCCCAGUGUGCUCCAGCCCUCACGAAAUGCCCCAUCUGUAGGAAAAACAUCAAAGGGACUGUCAGAACCAACCUUGUGGAGAAAAGUACAGCUAGAUAACAUUAGCUGAGGAAAGCUUAUCUGAGAGGAUGGAAUGAUAAGAUUUGCAUUAUUUUCUAUUAAUAGGAAUAAACAAGGAGUGUAUUUUUUAGUAAGUGAAGUUCUGAUCAUUCUUUUUUUUUUUUUCUUUUUUUUUUUUGUGAAAGGAAUUUAAAAAGUAAAUCAAAUGUUUUUGUUCCAUCCUCUCAGAUAAUUUCAUUAGAGUACAAUGAGUUUCCUUAAAUAUUGAAGUUGUACUUUAUUGUAUAAUAUAUAUAUUUGUAACAGACAAAUUGUACCAAAAAUAUUUUGAUGAUUAUUAUAUACAUGGAGUACAUGAUACUUGAUCCACAUGGACGGAACAGUAUUGUAACACCAGUAUAUGAGCCAGAUAUUUGUGUAUGAAAACAUGAAAUAUUGUUUUUCAAAUGUGUUUGGAGAUGGAUGUAUACAUAUGAACACAUUAUUCAUGCAUAUUAGCCCACUAAAAUUUGCAUAGUUCACAGUCUGAGAGGAGCACAUUAUUUCAACAGUUUGAACACUAAAACAAGUGUGUGUUGUUGUUUUUUAAAAAUAUCUUUGUAAUAUAGGGUAUGUUGUUUGUAUUCUUCAACCAGUCAUAUGAUGUUGGAUCACAUGUACAUGUACAUUCUAAUUACUACAUGUAUAAAUCUUAUUUUUGAUUAAAAACAUUGAAAGUA